GAUCUCUUAUAUAUAUCUCUCCGUUCUUCUCCUGCCGUUUCAUCCUUGACGUCGUUGCUCCCGGUUGAACAUCAUUGUGGCGUACAAAGUCUUGUGAUUUCCUUCCAACGUGUACCAAUCUUCCGUUCCUUGUUCCCGUAGGCUCGAACCACCACCCACCCUUAGUCCAAUUGAAGAUUUCGUCAUUUCAUUUCGCUAUCACAGCUAUCUUGACUUCGUCUCUUUCGACAAUACCAGACGCUGGGGGCUCUGUCGAAGAGCACAAUGUAUCGCGCAUCCGGACCCUUAGAUCACUACGACGAACCACGUCGGCCGGAACGAUGGGAUCGUGACCGGUUCGAGCGUUUGGGAGGUCGUGACGACCGGCACCACCAUGAAGAGUAUGAUCGCGGAUUUGAACGAGAUCGCGGCGUCUCAUUUGCAGAGCCCGACCGAUACUCCGAGGACGAUCGCUAUGCGAGGCGACCCGAUUUCACCGACCGGCCAGACACCACUAGCCAGGCACUCCAGCCGUACACCCGUCGCAAGUCGGUGGCGGUACGUGAUGAUGAGCUCGCGCGUCCGCGUCGGCCAACGUACCUCCGUCGUCAGUCGUCGCUCGACACAUUCGAUCGGAGGCCUCUGCCUCGCUAUGAAGAUCCGUAUCGACCUCCCAGAUAUGUGGAUCUGCCGCUACCCUACCGUAAACAUGACACCCCCACACCUCCGCGCCAGCGAUACCGCGAGCAUCGCGAGGAAAUCAUAGUCGGCCCUAGAGAUGAGCGGUACCGAGAUGUCUCCAUCCACCGGUCCAAGAGCAAGCGACGAAAGAGCCGUGCUCCUUCAGUCAGCUCAAUUGGAUCGUCCAGCUCCAGCGAAGGGUCGUCACCUCCGGUAGUACUCAUUGGGAAGCGAGGCAAGACCCGGAUGCCCAAACGUCUUGUUCGCAAAGAAGCCAUAGUCCAAAUGGGCCUUCCAUAUGAGGAAGAGACAGAUUUUUUCAUUGUCCGACGAGCGUUGGCAAAAGAGCACAUUGAUGAGGCCAUCAAGAUCAGUGAAACGAUCAAAACAAGCAAUGGAAACAAGAAAACGACCACGACUUACAAGUACGAGAAAGGGGCGGAAAAUCGUUCUCCCCCUCAGGCGCUGCCGCCACCUCCAGUUGCUGUGCCUGCGCCACCAGUCGAUCAUGGCCACGUCCAUAGCAUCCCACCCCACCCCGGCAUGGAGGAGGUAAUUACGCGGAAAUUCGUCGAGGAAGACCAUCACCACGACCAUCAUCUCCAUGACCACCAUCACCACGACGGCGCCCUCGUCAUCCGUGAACCUCCCCGCCCCAAAUCUGACCGCGAGAUCCGCGAGGAAAUCCGCGCCCUCGAGUCGGAACGUCGGGCCCUGCAACGGGAGCGCGACACCGAGAAAGACCUCAUCAUCGCUGAGCGGGUCCGCGAUCGAGACUACGAUUACGAUCAUCAUCAUCACCACCACCACCAUCACGACCCGCGUGACCGGGAGGUGCUCCGCGUGGAGAAGGAUUCCCGAGUGAGGUCUCGAUCCAGGCGUCGACGGCGGGCAGAUCCAAAGGCGUUGGGGUUCGCGGUGUCCACUUUGACGUGAGCGAUUGCGUUGGUGAUAGGCCGCAGGGUGAUUUUAGUGCAGUCACGGCAAACGCGCACGGAGCGUAUUCACAGUAUACAUUGCGCCGGGUUUUUUGGUGCUUUAUGAGACAUGAGUAUGACAUAGGGAUGUCCGGAUGUGGAUUGAAAUGUUCGCAGAUUGAUAUUGAAAGAUCUAGGAGGACUCCACAUCAGCAUACAAAUUUGGGGGGAGCAUCUCGUUCAGGACGGCCGAUAUAUCUCACAUAUUCCCUGUGUAAUAUAC